AUGGCGCACCACAUAUUCACACGCCGAGCAGGGGACGACUCGGCGGCACCUGCAGCCCAAGUCCCCAGGCGGGUUUUACAGCGCCGGAGCAACCCCGCAUACAAGCACACCGGCGGCCAAAGAGCCCCACAGACGGCCGCCGCCGCCGCCGCUUCUCCUCCUCCUACCAACAGCACAACAACAACGACGACAUGGGACCAGGCAGAAGAAGACGGGCAUCUUGGGUCUAUGAGCAUAGCCACGCAAAGGCGCCAGUUGCAACAACAACAACAGCAGCAGCAGCAGCACUACUCCCCGCCGCCAGAACCAGAACCGUGCCUCGCGCCGACGGCGUCGCUGUCUCUGUCCCUGUCGCCGUCGGGCUCGCCUGCACCGUCCGUCUUUAGCAGCACGAGCGGCGGCGGCGGUGGGUUCGACUCGCUCCUCGCGCACCACAUGACGGGUGAGCAGCGGGAGCUGGCGGCCAGGCGGAGGGGACCAGGCGGAGGAGGGGCAGAGUACGCAUCGCCGGCCCGGCUUUGGAUGCUGGGGCGGAACGGGUCCGGCUGGGGCGGCUCCGCUGCCGACUUUGGGGGCCAGCAGAGGCCGACGAGGAAGCUGGUCAAGGAGCCCGGGACGGGCGCGUCGGCGCGGCCGUCGUUUUCGCUCGAGAUCCCUGGGGAGGAUGGUGACGGCAGGAGGAGGGGUGGCAGGCCGAGGGCGGCGACCGGUGGUGCGGAGAUGAGGGUUUCGGCUGAUGACAGGGGUGGCGCGGGUGGUUUGAUGAGGAGGAGGGUCGUCGAUCGCCUGCUUGGACUGUAUCGGCGAGGCGAUAGGUGA